AAACUUUAUAUCAGCAUAGUUCAUUUAUGCAAUCCCAUGUUCAGAGUCUAAAGUUUAAACAGAGACAUUUUAAAGACCUUAAAAAUAUGCCAGAAAAUAUUCAAAUUCAAGAAUAGAAAACAUCUCUUUUAUUUCCUACCAGGAAAGUCAAUUGACCCUGAACAUCUGUACCACCAAGCUGUUUCAAACAUGAUUGCCUCAAUCAUUUUUGGGUCGCGAUUCAAUUAUAAGGAUGAAUAUUUUCAGACAUUCAUCACAGACAUCGAGAAACUUACUAAGAUUGCCAUCGGACAAUGGGCAAUGAGAGCAGAUCAAGGCACCACAUUUGACGACUCACAGAUGGUCACUUUGCUGUUUGACCUGUUUGCGGCUGGAACUGAAACAACCUCGAACACACUCCGAACUUUAACGCUCUAUUUGAUGACCCACACUCAUAUACAGGAACAAUGUCAGCGUGAGAUUGAUGAAGUCCUUGGUGAUCGUGAACAUGUCACAUUUGAGGACAGAAACGCCAUGCCUUACGUUCAAGCAGUGAUUCAUGAGGGUCAGCGUGUUGCUGACAUUAUUCCUCUUAGUAUGUUUCACACCGCCACAACCAACACUCAGCUCCAGGGCUACAACAUCCCAAAGGGGACAAUUAUCAUCCCCUAUCUGUCAUCUGCUCUCAGAGAGGAAAGUCAGUGGAAGUUUCCCCAUGAAUUCAACCCUCAAAACUUCUUGAAUGAUAAGGGGGAAUUUGUGAAGCCUGAUGCAUUCAUGCCUUUCUCUGCAGGUGUUCAUGGGAUCUCUCCUGGAGACUGUACGCUCGAAGCGCACGCACAUGACGCCGCCACUCAGUUUGCGGUGCGUAUUCUUUCCGCGCUCACGUUAACGGAUCAGAGCGUUAUCACGCGGUUACGGUCCGGCAGUGCGUUCCAGGAGCGGUGCGUCUGCUGCAGUGUAGCGAUCGUUUCCACACCGGGUCUAUCUUUGCUGUACAGCAGUGCACACACUGAAUUAAAGUGA